ACUGUAAUCUAUUAUUUUGUAUUAAUAGCAAUGUUCUUUUAUUAGUCCCACAUUUUGAAUGAGCUCGACUGCACAUAUUAGCAGCGUAUGUGCCUGGACUGGUGUGUCCCUGUUAAAUUACAGGCAAGACAUAACUAGGCAAACAUUGGAGAUAGGACUCCCAGGCCAAGCAUCAGUAUGAGAAGGAGGAGAGGAGGAAGGAACUGAAGAGACAGAGAGGGGAAGACACUUGGAUGCUUCCUGAAGUCACUGACAGGCUGAAAGAAAUAGAAGAUGAUGCCUCUGUGAAAAACAAAAAGAAGAAAGAUAAGAAAUCUAAAAAGAAGAAGGAGAAGAAGAAGGCCAAGAAGGAAAAAAGGGCAACAGAUGCAUCUAAUGGCUCAAGUGACAGCUCAGCUGACUCAGCCGAGGAGUGGGUUGAAGCUCAGUCAGUAUCUCAGUCACAACCUGCAAAAGCCUGGAAAGUUUCAGAGAAGUCCAACCCUUUGGAGAACAAUGGCGACUCGACUCAGAGUGUACAGAGUGUUCAGCGAGAUGAAUGGAUGACCUUUGACUUUUUGGCCAUGAAAACCACAUCCACAGCCGAGAGGAGAGCUGAAAAAGACAGACAGAAAGAGGAGGAGCGGGCAAAGGCUCAAGCCAUUGAACAGGCAGGUCUGCACAAAUUAGAGUUGAAUCCCUACUGGAAGGAUGGCGGAUCUGGUCUGCCUCCAGAGGAGAGAGCUGGUACUGUUGCAAAAAAAGAAGGUCCAGUAGUGAAUGAUGGUGGCUUGAGCUGGCUGAGGAAGAGCUACCAGAGGAUGAAGGAGCAGGCCGAGAGAGAGCAGCGCAGCCUGGAUGACGUGGUGGCAGACAGAUAUGGAUCAAUGGAGGAAUUCCAGCAGCGACUUGCUGAGGCAGAAAAGGCUGUGUAUGGACAAAGAAGCAGAGGAGAAGGGGACAGUGGUGCGAGAGGCAGGUGGUUGGAGGGAAAGGAGGAGCGCAGGGAGACUUGGAGGAGGAAAAACCCAGAGAGAGAUCAGUGGAGAAGAAGUGAAAGAGAUUCAUCACCCUCAGCACGGGACAGAUAUUCAGAGAGAGGCAGAUAUCGAGAAGGAGAGAGAGAUAAACCGAGACACAGAGAUAGUGAAAGAAACUCAAACAAGGACAGAGACAGACAAAGAGAUAGAGAGAAUCAAAUGAAGAAAGAUGAAGAAAGAGAGACAAGCAGAGAUCGGGAAAGGUCCAGUAUUGCAUCAUCAUCAUCAUCAUCAGAACAAAAUUGGUGUCACCGUUCUUCUUCUCUUGGAUCUCUGAAAGGCCGCUUUCUUAAGCCCUCAGAAGAUGAUGACAUCAGAGAGCGCCCUCCUCCCACAUCUCGGUCAUUUCUGAAGCCCAGCUUAGACGCUGACGACCACUCUGGUCCACAGACCCGCAAUUUACCGACCGUGAAAAAGAGUGACAGUCUGAGCCAUCAACCUGAUUCUUUAAAGAAAGAAGAAGAGCGAGGCGCUGUGAAGCUAAUAACUCCUCAGUGUGAUGGCAAAGUGACAAAAUCAAGUGACAGCGACAGUCAAGAAGAAGAGGAGGAGGAGGAGGAGGCAGUUCCAAUCCUCUCAGAAGAAGAGAUGAACAAACUGGGUGCCAAGCUGGUGAAGGCGGAGAUUAUGGGAAACACGGCCAUGGUUGAGAAGCUGAAAUGCCAGUUGGAGGCAGCUCGUAAGGCCAAAGAGAACCACGCCGCACAAAUGAAGAUCCACCAAACGGCGAAAUCAAACCAGACGGCUGGCAGAUCGAGUGAGGACCGGGAGGUCGUGCUGUUCAGAACAGACCAGUCCGGUCAGGCCUGGCCGGUCAAACCCCUGUCAGGACCGCAGGAGCCCCACGGAGGACGACGGAAAAAGAAGUCGAUCGAGACCCAUGUUGACGGGCAGCGCGUGCGCUACUUUCAGGAUGACGACAGUGUGGGUCUGCAGGAGAUGGUCAGGAGGGAGAAGAUGAGCUCCGCACAGGAUCAGAAUGCCCUCUACUCUCGAAUGGCUGCCAAGAUGAUGGGAAAGACUGAUGGCGACAACUACACGCUCGACGACAUGUUUGUGUCAAGUGCGGCGAAGAGGGAAGGCGAAGGGAGGGAGGAGGAAAGGCUGAGGAACAGAGCCGCUGAGGAGAGCAGGAGGCUGGCUACCACCAUGGAGAAAUGCCGUCAUUGUUUCGACAGCCAGGAGCUCCAGAAGCACCUCAUAAUAGCUAUCGGGAGUAAGGUAUACCUGAGUCUCCCUGCAGGUGUGUCCAUGACGGAGGGCCAUUGUCUCAUCUGUCCUCUCCAGCAUCACUCCGCCGCCACCGUUUUGGAUGAAGAUAUCUGGUCGGAAAUGCAGCUGUUCCGACGCAGCUUGGUACAUAUGUUCGAGUCGCAGGACUUGGACUGCGUGUUCAUGGAAACACACCUGAACCCACGCAGGAGACAGCACAUGGUCCUGGAGUGUAUUCCAUUACCUCGGGAACUGGGAGACAUGGCACCGAUAUACUUUAAGAAAGCCAUCAUGGAGUGUGACGAGGAAUGGGCCAUGAACAAGAAGGUUGUUGACCUCUCUUCAAAGGACAUCCGCAAAGCUGUUCCCCGAGGGCUGCCCUACUUUGCUGUAGACUUUGGACUCCAGGGAGGGUUUGCUCAUGUAAUUGAAAAUGAACAGAAGUUCCCACAUUACUUCGGCAAGGAAAUUGUUGGCGGUAUGAUGGACUUAGAGCCAAGGCUUUGGAGGAAGAUGAUUCGUGAGAACUUUGAUGAUCAGAGGAAAAAGGUUCUGCAGUUUGCACAGUGGUGGAAACCGUAUGACUGCACCAAGAGUGAGGCUUAGCAGGACACACAAGCAGACCAUAUUGGUAGAUAAUGUACGUACAAUAUUGCAUCUUUUUUUAAGCUACGAUAUGAAAACAUUUUACUUCAUUAUGAAUGGAUGAAAUACCAAUUUAUUAUCAACAGGACACACAAAUAGGGAUUGCAUUGCAUUGCAAUAUAUGGCAUUUUCCUCAUUUUGUCAGUUAGUGUGAGAAUAUUGAUAUAUUCAAGAUGUGAGUAUAUGAAAGUGUAUAAUGUAUGUAUUCCUUAAAACGGUGGGGAUUCAUGUUUUUUUCUACUUUUAUUAACAUUGCAAACAAGCACUGUUGACAGUUUACCUGUUUUUCUAGUGAAUGGCAUGCAUGCAUGUUAUAGUUAGACCAACAAGCUGCACACUAUGAUCCUUAUCCACCUCCUGCAUAUGCCUGAAUUUUGUGCAUUAUUCGUGAAACCAAGGAAACUAUUGAGGAGAGGAAAAAAAAAACAUAAAAGUGAAAAGGAAUCCACACUGGGAUGUUUUUCUUUGUUUUUAUUGACCUUUUCACAACACCUUAUGGAAAUAGUAGCUCCAAAAAAGUAUUGUGUUUGUGUCAAUGCAGUCAUGGAACACAUGCCCAAGCCCCCUCAUCUAGCUUCUCUUAAUACAGAGGAGCAGUGGUUCGACUUCGAGUCCCUCCCGGAUGACAGAGCUCCUCACCUUAUCUGUAAGGGAGAGCCCAGUCGCCUGACGGAGAAAACUCAUUGUGUCCGCUUUGCACCCACAAUCUUGUCCUUUCAGUCAGAGGUGGGGAGGGGGGUAGGAACGUAGAUCGACCUGAGCUUUUGGCUCUGCUCCCUCUUAACCACAAAAGACUGGUGCAGAGUCUGCAUCACUGCAGACGCCGCACCAGUCCACCUGUUGAUCUCUCGUUCCAUCCUUCCCUCACUUGUGAACGAGACACUGGGGUACUAAACUCCUCCACUUGGGCCAGGGUCGGAGAUGGGAUGCUACCCCUUUCUGGGCAAAAUCCAUGGACUCCGACUCAGCCGUUUCGCACUGUGCUGCAAACCCAUCCAGUGAGAGCUGAAGGUCUGCAGAGACCCAGUCCUGCAGACACCAAACUAGAUCCCCUCAACACCCUGGAUGCACCUAGAAAUUCUGUCCAUAAAAGUAAUGACCAACUUAUUACCAGUAAUGCGGACCAAGUCAACUAACCAAAUCAGCCAAAUUCAUAAACAACUACACUGAAACCUUGGUUAGUGUCAUUAAUCCGUUCCAGAAGGUCCCACUCUAACCAAAUUGGGUCAAAUCCCAUGAGAAAUUGUGUAAAUCCAUUUAAUCCGUUCCAGAAAGCCAAAUAUGUUAACAAUAAAACACGUGUUUGUAGUUUUACAAUUAUAGUUUUUGAUGUUGGAAAACAAUUCAAAAUAUAUUUUUUAAUGAAUGAAUGAAUGAAAGAGUCAAGGAAAACUGAACUUAAAAAAAUAAUUUGACCAUCUUCCACAAGCCUUGUGGGAGACAACAACACGUCUGUCCUUUUUCUGUUCCCUUUUUUCUGGUCCAGCUGGACUGGAGCGUCCUUUCUACUUGAUUUUGGGUAGGUGGAAAAAUAUUUGUGCCGCUGAAUUGUUUGUUGCCACUAAUAAUUAUUUGUUCACUGUGACGCAGUCUUGUGGAGUGAUGUCCUCUCCACCAGAUACACGUAAUCUUCCCAUUGAUGGUAAGCAGAAAUGUUACAUCACAAAGUCAACCCGAACCAACUGUAUUAAUUUUGCAUUAUUUUGCAGUGUAUAUGCAGUAUUCUUAUUGGUCUAAGAAUAACUUUAACGGAUUUUGAUGACAACACAGAUUGGACCCUCCUUUUGUCAAAUCUAGUUUCUCAGGAUUUAAUCUGUGCCUCUGGCUUUAUGAUCAUGGGCAGCUGUCACUAAAAUCCAAACGGUUGUGGCAAGUGUAGAAGCACGCCACAGAAUCCCAAACCUCUGACACACAUUAACUCCACUAUUAAGCAAUCAGCCACCUUGACCCAGUGUUCAAACUCAUCAUCCUGAUCCUGAAAUUUUAAGAGCAACUUGAAAAAAAAUGCAAUUUUGGGACAGCUAUGCAGACCUGAAAAAACAAAAAUUGACAACAUGAAACCCACCUCAUUAAUUUUAAGAAAAGAAAGUCAUAACAACAGUAAAAUAUGACGGUGGUAGUGUGAUGGUCUGGAGCUGUUUUGAUGACUUGCUGUGAUAAAUGGAAUCAUAAAUUCUGCUGUCUUCCAAAACAUCCUGAAAGAGAACGGCCGGCCGACCUCAAAUUGAAACGAACUUGGGUUCUGCAGCAGGACAAUGAUCCAAAACACACCAGCAAGUCCAUUUUUGAAUGGCUGAAGAAAAACUAAAUGAAGACUUUAGGGUGGCCUAGCCAAGUCCUGACCCGAAUCCUAUUGAGAUGCUGAGGCAUGACCUUAAAAAGGCAGUUCAUGCUGGAAAACCCCCCAAUGUGGCUGAAUUACAACAGUUCUGCAAAGCUGAGUGGGCCAAAAUUCCUCCACAGCGCCGACUCGCUACUUCAGCGAUCUAAAUUGUUGCAGGGUAGUUAAUGAAUGUGGAGAAAAACAGACUGUGUCUACCAUUAGUGGCCAUAAUAAUGUACAGUACCUGUCUGGCAGGUAAAUUUUCAUAGAUCAUAGAAUUCCUUAAUAAUAAGACAAUCUGGCAACACGUUUGCAUUGUCUAGAUCAGGGGUCUCAAACUCAAUUUACCUGGGGGCCAC